AUGACUCGAGUUGGUGAAAACUUCCCGAUCUCGGAUAAUUCCCGCGAGGCGCAUCAGCAGCUUCUCGCAAUUCCUGUCCUUCCUCCCCUCAACUGGCCUGCCGCGUUCCGUCGUUCCGAGGCCGUCGCACGUUCUCCGCUGUGUUCGCUUGUAUCGUGCCCGAAGCCGAGUGGAAGACCGCGCGGUGAGGCGCGGUACUUCGCACAAUUGUUCGGUCGGCGAAGUCCGAAGCACCCCAAAUUGACAAGCGAUAAGACCGAGCGAGGAUGGUGUUCGACAUGGCGCCAGGCGCAUCAUCUCCCCCACACCAAGAUCUUGACCGUCCCCGGUCAUUCUCUCUUAGCAGUGGAGAUGAAUCGGCGUUGUUACCCUACGGCAUACGCCGUAGAGUCGACUGCGACGACAGUCUCUUCUCUCUCGGUUGGUGUGUUUCUGGUUUUCGGUGAUUCCCGUAGUUUAAGCUUGCUCGAUCGGAUCGACGGCGCCGGCGAUGCUUAUAUGUCGACUUCCCGCGCCUCGUGCCUUCUACAUCUUGCUCUCGACGUUCACGCCAUGGCGCCCACCGACACGCUGGCGCAUCGCUCGGCGCGUAAAAGCCAUCAAGCAUACGGCUCCAAGCUGGACUCCAUCAACUGGGAGUUCCACUCGGCGGCGGGGCUCAACAACCGCGCCCCCACGACUGAGAAUAUCGUGUGGGCGUUGGGGCGCAAGGGUUCCCGCCAAAAAUUCGUUCUGAAGAAGCUGCACGCACUGGCCGCCAUUCUUGUCGCUGGCGAGUCCGAGGCCGACGACCCCGAUUUCGCGCCGGAUCCGGUGGUUGCCGCAUGCCUGUACUUCUUGUACGAUUGCAUUCGCGCGACCGACCCGGCCGCUAAGUACUACGGCGCGGCCAGCGUUCCUCGCCCCGAUUUCCUUCUGAAUCCCGUCGCGCUGACGUUCCAACACGCGGACGAGAAGCUUCGAGGAGAGGCGAAAAUCGCCGCCGCUCGUCGAAGCAACCAGGACAUGUUCGAGAAGCUGCGCAACGCGCCUCGGCUGCCUGCGGACCACGUAGCGGUAGUCGCAGAGCGCCUAGGGUACGGCGAGCUGACGCUGGGGGAGUGCGGUCCCGCCAGCGAGGCUGAGCGCGGCUUCGCCGGGCGUCGGUCGCAAGCUCGUCGACGCGGCGCGGAGACGCCGCCGCCUUCGACGUCGCGUCGCAAGGGUAUCUCGGCGAGGGCGGCAAGGGCUCAGCGUCGUCGUAAGUCGCCUACGCCUACCGCCAGCAUCGACAAGGCGGACGUCGAGAGCGAGGACGAGCAGGACGACGCUCCAGUCCCCUCUCACGCCGACGCAGAGAGCGAGUCGGAGGAAGACAGCGUCUUCGGCACGCCCUUGCCGCCGCGCAAGCGUGCUCGCAUGCGCAUUAUCUCUCCUCCUGACUCUCCGGGUUCCCCUCCGGUUUCCGCGACCCUCCCCGAGGUCGGUUCCGCGUCGCCGUUCUCGGCUACCUCGGUGGCGCCCCAGUGGUCGCCCCUCAACAGGCCGGAACUGCUGCUGGAGGCGCUGCAAGCGCUCCCGGCGAACACGUCUCGCCUGUUCUCCCUCUCGCCCGAGGCGUCUGGGAACGAGGCUUCCGGCCCUGCGCCUGAGGCGUUGGAUCAUGCGGACAGCGGACCUUCGGACGCGUUGCCUGUCCGGCUGCGUCGUCUUCCGCUCGACGCGCUCGACGUUCCGGAGCAGUCGCUUCCGGCGCCAUCGCCGGAGAGCUCCUCCAUGCUCUUUGGUCGUCCUACUCCUGCCCAGGUUUGGCAUUCGCGGAACACCCGCCCUCCUACGCCUCCUUGGGAUAAGGGGCUUUACUGA